GGAGUUGAUCUUACGAGUACAUGUGAGCGGAGUUCAGUUCUGGUUGAGUUUUGUAGGAUUUUUAAAAUAUAUUUUUAAAUUAAAAAUUGUAAAUUUCAAAAUAGACGUACAGACUCACCAAGGGUUGGAAAGGCGACAAGCUAUCUAUCUCCAUUCCAAUACUCUCGGAAUUUAAAACAAUAUUGAACUAGUCAUCAUUUUUUUAAAAAAAACAGGUCUACAUGUUUGCAAUUUUUAUUUUAAAAAUAUAUAAAAAAUCAGUUUUGUAGCAUAGAGGUGUUGAAAACAGAAAAGCAGCCAAGCAGGGGAGCCGUAGAAUUGCCAGGGAUAGGCCCAUGACGCAAAUUAAUUAAUAUGUAUUCCAUCGAUUCUCUUUAGUUCCGUUAAUUGUACUAUUUUUAAAUUUUAUUUAAUUUAUUUUUAAUUUUUUAAAAAUAGUAUUAUUAGUUGAACCGGAUAUAUAGACAUUUCCUUCGGAGAGGAGUCGCGAGGACCCAUGAUUUCUGUGAGCCGCCGUAUGUCAGCCUCCGGCGACCCCCUCGACGCCCUCCCGUCGGCAGUCCUCGCCGACGUCCUGGGCCGCGUCGCGGACGCCGGCGACAUCGCCGCGUGCCGCCUUGCCUCUCGCGCGCUCUUCUCCGCGUCCUACCAGUGCCCCCGCGUGCGCCUCUGCGCGGCCGACCGCGCACGCAGCCGCCUCGAGGGCCGGGGCGGCGGCGGGGGCGGGUCCCCCUCGUUCCGCGCGACCGUUGGGAACCUCGCGUCGCUCCUCGGAUCGCACCUCUGGUCCCUGGCGCUCGACGCGGCCGACGGGCAGGGCUCCCCCGAUGACGCGAUGUGGGUGGAAGAGGGUGAGUUCGACGAGGCCGACGACCUGCACCUCACCAGCGGGGAGGCCGUGGCGGCGUGGGCGGCCACCUCCGCUGGCCCCGUCCUCCGGGAGGUGGAGAUCGCUGACUUCUGGCCGCAGGCGUGCUGGAGGAAGGCUGAGGCGCUACCUCUAAUCUCCCACUUCUGUCCCAGUCUUGUCAAAUUGGGCCUUAGAAAAGCAUGGCUUUCUGUUGAUGGGCUCGAGAAAAUGCCAAAUCUUACUCAUCUGACGCUUGAGUUCAUCAGACUAGAUGAUGAGAACCUCGACAAAUUGAAUGAAUGCUUUCCUUGCCUGCAUACUCUUAAUCUUAUAGGAGUCGGAGGGCUCAAGGACCCCAAGGUUCACCUUCCUCAACUAAAGACUUGCCGCUGGGAAGUAUCAAAUAUCCCAGGGUCUUUGGCCGUCCAUGCACCAAACUUGGUUUUUCUAGACUUGAAAUGUGUUCGACCAGAUAGGCUCAUUUUGGAUACUCCAUCCUUGUCUACCAUGAAGCUCACCAUUGAUAAACUCGGUGCAACUGUCCAAGUUGAUGGUCUUGUGAGUUUGAUAAAUGUUCACAUAGAGUCACUGGAUCUAAGUUCCCUCUUUCCAGUAUUCAUAGACAAUCGAGCUAUCAGUACAUUAGAGCUUGAACUACCGGAUUCUGCAAGCCAGUAUGAGCUUCUUCAAGAAGUUAACCACCCAGAUUAUCUUCUGAGAACUCUUGCCAGCAUCAGUGAAGUCAAGUUGGCCCCAAGAUUUUCAAGUGAGCUGAUAAGAUGUCUUGCCCUAUGCAGAGAUAAUCAGUUUAGAAGCUCCCUGAAGAAACUUCUAAUUCAUAUACCACCAUCUGACUGUACUUUUCAGCUGUUACCCUUGUUUCAGAUCUGUGCACCUUUUUGCAAGGUGACUGUCCUUUUCCAUGCUGAUUCAUCUGAUGAUAUCCGCCAAGCUGCGAUGCCAAUUUGGAUUGAAAGUUUUCCAGAGAUCAGAUGGCAGUGGGGUCCUUGGAAGUAAUCCUGCAUAGAUAUGUUACGUGAAGGGUAUCCAGAAUUACAUAACUACACUAUCUGUGAAACUGAUACUUUUGCAACGUAGUAGCCCCUUUUACAGAAGAACUGGGAGCUGGGUUGUUUGCUUGCGGUGUAUUGUGGUGGCUAGAUGGAUGCAUAUAGGCACAUGUUUGGCGUGGUACUAUGCACAAACACAUACGUGAUAAGCAAGUAUGGUUAUUCUCUAUGUUUGGUUUA